UCAAGAUCUAUUCUUUCUAACUCAUUUAUCAUGGUUCCCAAGACAGAUCAACAACCCAAAGGUAGUGGUGGAUCUGCCCUCAAGCGACUUAAGAAGUCUCUUCAUGCUGCCGGUGUUGUCGGACAAACCUCAAGAGCCAGUCAGUCCAAAAAGGAUCAACGAUGCAGACAAAAAACUCUCGUUGAUCCGUGGCGAGUUUAACCCGUUUGAACAAAAGCACCAAAAGGCUAAGUUUGAAAUUCUCGGCCGAAAGAUGAAAGGUACUUCUGGUAAGCCUACAUUGAGUAAGCAAGUGGGUGAAGAAAACCGUAAAAAAACAUUGCUGGUCGAAAUGAAAAACAAGGGUCGUCGGGGUGGUAUUAUUGAUAAGCGUUUUGGUGAAAAUAAUCCUUCAUUGACACCUGAAGAAAAGAUGUUGGAAAGAUUUACAAGAGAAAAACAAAAGUCAGCCAAAACAAGCAUGUUUAACUUGGACGAUGAUGAUGAAGAUCUUUCCUUGACCCAUUAUGGUCAAUCUUUGUCUACUAUGGAUGACUUUGAUGAUGCAGGCUUGGGCUUGAGUGAUGAAGAAGAAGGCGGUAAACAAAUGGAUAGAAACAUUGUCUCCCAAAUGCACUUUGGUGGUUUUGAUGAAGAUGCUCCUCAGAAUGAUUCAGAUAGACCCAAGUCCAAGAAUGAAGUGAUGAAGGAAAUCAUUGCUAAAAGUAAAAUGCACAAGGCUGAGCGUCAAUUAGCUAAACAAGAAGAUGAUGAGUUGCGUGAAAACUUGGAUGAGCAAUUAGCUGAUAUUCGAGGAUUAUUGGAAACAAAGCCUGCACGUAAACCUUUGCCUUCUCAAAGUGCUCUCUUUAAGCGUACAGAAGACGAGAAGCCAAAGAACAGUGAUGAUUUGGAUGACUAUGCUGAUUACGAUAAAGCCAUUUUCGAAUUAGCCAAUGAUCAACGUGCUCAAGCUACAGACAGAACAAAAACCGAAGAAGAAAUUGCGAUCGAAGAGAAAGAGAAAUUAGAAAAGGCUGAGCGUGCUAGAAAGAGACGUAUGGAAGGUCUUGAUUCUGAUAGUGAAGAUGAAGGCUCAAGCAAAAAGAAGUCUCACAAGAAGAGAAAGGGUGCACCUCAAGGUGAUGAUCUUGAUGAUGAUUAUCUUGCUGAAUUAGAAGAUGAAGUGGAUAAGCUUGGUAAAGGCUUAACACUUGAAGAUAUUCAAAAUGGUGCUUUGGAUGACGAAGAAGAAGACAGUGAGGAAGAAGAAGAAGAGGACGACGAAGAAGAAGGCGACGAAGACGACGAAGACGACGAAGAAGAGGAAGAAACAAAUAAUGAAGACCUUGAAGACAUGGAUGAUGAGCCUCUUGAAUUUGGCGACGACGACGAUGAUGAUAUGAAUGAAAUGGGUCAAUCAGGCAUCGUCAAGAAAAAGCAAACAAAGAGCCCUCAAGUAUCUACUGAAAAGCGCGAAAUUCCUUUCACCUUUGAAUGCCCUACCACGCAUGAAGCCUUCCUUCAGAUUCUUGAAGGUCUAGAAGUAGAAGAUUGUCUUGUGGUCACCAAGCGUAUCCGUGUACUGUAUCACAUCAAAUUAGCACAUGAAAAUAAGGCCAAGUUAUCUCAGUUCUUGACUGUUUUGGUGGACCAUAUGGCCUAUAUUGCUUCUACAGUGACUCCUUUACCUACCACAGUCCUUGAGAAACUAAGCCUGCACGUCUUUGAACUCUCUCAACAACUGCCUGAAUCUGCUGCACAAGCAUUCCAUAGUAAAUUGAAAAAGAUGCAAGCAGAAAUGGCCAAGAAGAUGAAGCAUACCACAGGGUCUGCAUGGCCUGAUGUUGAAGAUUUGACCAUGUUGCGCUUGAUUGGCCAAGUGUUUUCUACUUCAGAUUUGAUGCAUCCUAUUGCUACACCAGCCUCAUUGUUUAUGUGUCAUGCCUUGUCUCAGUGCCGUGUGGAAACUGAGAUUGAUAUUGGACGUGGUCUGUUCUUAACUUUACUAACCUCAGAGUAUCAAGCUGUCUCAAAACGGUUUAUACCUGAAUCCAUCAACUUUUUAAACAAAUGUCUUGUGUUGUUGUCACCUCAACAGACAUUCGAGAAAACACCCGGUUAUUUCCCUCUUCCACAAUCUGAUAAACCAUUGUCCAUCACAGACACGACAGGAGACAACUUAGACACCAUUCCUCGUCUCCAACUUGAUCAAUUAGCUACGGAAGAAACUAAGGAUAUCCGAUUAUCUUUAUUACAAGCCACACUCUCUUUAAUGACCAACUAUUUGCAACUCUACGCUUCUACACCAGCCCUUGUGGAAGUCUUUGAGAGUACAUUGGCUCUCGUUACACCAUUAGCCAUGGCUAGCUGGCAUACAGAUAUCAAGACAUUGAUUAACACAUUAAAAGAUCGUCUUGAGAGACAGAUCAAAUUCUGCAAAGAAAAGCGUAUCAAGACACCUCUUCGUAUGCAAUCUCAUCGUCCCAUACCCAUUGCACAACACUUGCCCAAGUUUGAAAAUGCCUACUCUAUGGAUCGUCAUUAUGACCCUGACCAUGAGCGUUCUCAACAACGUAAACUUGAAGCUCAACUCAAGAAAGAAAAGAAGGGCGCCUUACGUGAAUUGCGCAAGGAUAGCCAAUUCAUUGCUCGUGAGAGAGCAAAGGAACGUAAGCAAAAGGACGCUGAUUACAACAAAUAUGUGAAGGGCGUUAUGAACAUUUUAGAAGGAGAACAAUCAGAAAUGAAGCGUCUAGAGCGAGAAAGUGGCAAAAAAUAAAAGUUUCUAAAUUGUUCUAAUUCA